AAGCCGCGUCGCGAAUAACCGUGGGGGCGUGCGCGCGUGCGUGCCUCUCUCCCUCCCUCCCCGCCCGCCCGCACCGCCACCCCACCCCCACCCCCACCCCCCACCCCCGGCGCGCGUCGCGUCGCGUCUCUCCCGGUCGGAGGCGGAGGAGCGGAGGACCACCACCGGCGCCGGCGCAUAGGCGUCCCGCAUUUCCCCGAUCCGGUCCCGCCCGACCUCGUUGCCGCGGCAGCUCGACCACCAACUCGCCGGCCGGCGGGCGCCACGUAGUCAUCUGUUAACAUAGAAGUAAAGGAUGGCGUGCGCGAACCUGUGCUAUUUCUGCCCUGGGCUGACGACACGGUCCAGGAUGCCCGUCAAGCGGUACAAGAAGAUCCUUGCAGAAAUCUUUCCCAGAACACAGGAUGAAGAACCUAAUGAAAGAAGGAUUGGCAAGUUGUGCGAGUAUGCUUCGAAAAACCCUCUUCGAAUGCCAAAGAUCACAGUUUACUUGGAGCAACGUAUUUACCGCGAUUUAAGAAGUGAGCAGUAUGGCUUUGCAAAAGUGGUGAUGUUGAUAUAUCGCAGGCUAUUGGUUUCUUGUAAAGAACAGAUGCCGCUGUUCGCAAGUAGCCUAUUAAGCAUUGUACACACUCUUUUAGACCAAAAGAGGCGAGAUGAUAUGCGCAUCAUUGGGUGUGAAACCUUGUUUGAUUUUGCUGUCAAUCAGGUGGAUGGUACAUAUCAGUUUAAUUUGGAAGGGCUGGUACCAAGAUUAUGUGAAAUAGCUCAAGAAGUAGGAGAAGAUGAGAGGGCACGGGCCCUGAGAGCGGCAGCCCUGCAAUCCCUUUCAGCUAUGAUCUGGUUUAUGGGAGAGCUUUCUCAUAUCUCAUCAGAGUUUGACAAUGUUGUUCAAGUUGUACUGGAAAACUACACACCUCAGAAGAUGCAAAAUGAUGGUCAAAGUACCAAUGAUGCCGACAACCAAUUGAUGCAAGGAGACCAAAAUGCUGGGCAUCCUCCUUCCCCUUUUGUCAUCCCUAUGCUCCCCUCUUGGGAGAACAUAGUUGAUGUUAAGGGAGGAGUUAAACUGCAAGAGGAAGACGCUAGGGAUCCUAAGUUUUGGUCCAGAAUUUGCGUGCACAAUAUGGCCAGGCUUUCUAGGGAAGCAACCACAUUCCGCCGUAUCUUGGAAUGUUUGUUUCGGUACUUUGGUAACAAUAAUUCAUGGUUGUCAGAAAAUGGACUUGCUCUAUGUGUCUUGUUGGACAUGCAACUUUUAGUAGAAAGCACAGGCCAAAAUAUGCACUUAAUGCUGUCACUACUGAUAAAGCAUAUUGAGCACAAGGCAGUGGUGAAGCAGCCAGACAUGCAGCUUAGUCUCGUGGAGGUGGCAACUACCCUUGCAGAGCAAUCCAGUGCUAUGGCUUCAGCAGCAACUAUAGGUGCCAUAAGUGAUCUUGUGAGGCAUUUGAAAAGGACAUUCCAUAUUACUCUUGGAAGUAAAGAUUUGGAAUUAGUAAAAUGGAAUGAAAAAUUCCGGAAGGCCAUAGAUGAAUGCCUAGUUCAGCUGUCAAAGAAGGUAACUGAUGCUGGGCCAGUUCUUGACAUGAUGGCUGUGAUGCUAGAAAACAUUGCAAGUACUGCUGUUGUAGCUAGAUCAACUGCAGCUGCUGUUUACCGCACAGCUCAAAUAAUUGCUUCCGUGCCAAAUUUGCAAUAUCAGAAUAAGGUGUUUCCUGAAGCUCUGUUUCAUCAGCUGUUGUUAACAAUGAUCCACCCCGAUCAUGAAGCUCGUAUUGCUGCACACCGCAUAUUUGCUAUUGUCUUAGUCCCAUCUUCUGUUUCCCCUUCAAUUCAAGCCAGUCCCUCCGGGCAGGCAAAGAAACAUGACAUGCAGAGGACACUCUCUAGGGCUGUAUCUGUAUUUUCUUCUUCAGCUGCUAUCUUUGAAAAGUUGAAAAAGGACAAGCACUCAGACAGUUCACUAGUAGAAAGCAAGGACAAUAGUUUGCAUAACAUUGGUGAAGGGACGGGACAACACAAAACUCAGAACCUGCCUGCGUCUCAAAGCCGUCGACGUAGCAUGAAAAUGCCUAAUUUUUCCAUGAAAAGAGGCCCUUCGAUGGCCAUAAGAGCUCCAUCGGUAUCAAUCAGAGCUCCCUCAAUAUCUCUGAGAGGUCCUUCAAUGUCUUCGAGAGCAUCUUCUAUGUCUGUAAAAGAGGACCAAAGCUCCUCGAGUGAGGAAACGGAAUCAGUGUUGGUAAAGCUGAGCGCUCGUCAGAUCACACUUUUGCUGUCGUCCAUUUGGGCUCAAGCAACAUCUCCUGAAAAUACUCCUGCGAACUAUGAAGCCAUUGCUCAUACUUACAGUUUGCUUCUGUUGUUCUCUGGAUCCAAGGCAUCAACUUUUGAGGCUCUUACUCAGAGUUUUCAGGUUGCUUUUGCUUUGAGGGGCUAUUCACUCACUGAAGCAGAUUCGUUACCACCGUCUCAGCGCCGGUCCUUGUUUACUCUAUCCACAACCAUGAUUAUUUUCUCUUCACGAGCUUACAAUGUGUUGCCACUUAUUCCAAUCUGUAAACAAAUGAUCAAUGACCGUGCGGUUGAUCCAUUCCUUCGUUUGGUGGAUGAGAGCAAACUUAUGGCUGUUAAAGAUUCCCCAGAUGACCCGUCAAAAAUAUAUGGAUCGCCGGAGGACAAUGCUAAUGCACUGAAGUCCCUUUCAGAAAUAGAACUAUCAGAAAGUCAAUCUCGAGAAUGCAUAGUCUCCACAAUCAUGAACAACAUUGCAAAUAUGAUGGAUGCUGAGUUGCAUAAUGUGAGAAGCCAAUUGCUAACUGACUUUUCUCCAGAUGACAUGUGUCCUACGAGCACUCAGUUCUUUGAAGCACAUAUUGAUAAUCCUUCAUCAGAGUCUCAGGAGACUGACCACCAUCACGAAGAGGCUAUGUUGAUUGACCUGGGGAAUGAUCAUGAUGUUUUUGGGGAAGCUUCAGAAAGCACAGAAGCUUGUGCAUCUUCUGUACCUGCAUCAGAUCUUCUGAGUAUCGAUCAGCUUCUUGAAACAGUUGGCGCGGACGCAGCACCUCAGGCAGGAGUAGCACCGUUGUCAGCAGACAUGGCGUUCAAGGAUAUGACCAGCCACUGCGAAGCCCUCACGAUCGGGAAACAGCAGAAGAUGUCUGCCUUCAUGAGCUUCCAGCAGAGCGUGCAAGCGUCCGGCCUGCCAAGCAGCCAGCCCCACGACAUGGAGCUGGCGCUCUUCCAAGACCAGCAGUUGCCUCAGACCACGGCGCGGAGCACCAAUCCGUUCGCCGACGAGAACCUGCAAAGCUAUCCGCAGGCGAUGAACGCGCCCAACAGCGAGAACCCGCACCCGCAGCCCGGUCAGGACUUCCAGCAAGAGUUCCUGAAGCUGCCGGCGGCGAGCCCGUACGACAACUUCCUCAGGGCUGCUGGCUGCUAGAGAUGUUCAUCCUGCGGCAGCCAGGCUAUCAGUUACAUGACAUGGAUGAUGAUGGUGGUGAUCUAUCUCAAGAUAGUCCCAAAGGCAGGUGUGUCGGUUUUCCAGUUUUUGCAGGAGGAAAGGAGAAAAAGAUGGUAUGUCCGUGUCUGAGGCCUUAGAGGCUCAACCGGAUUCGACACCCAUUCUUUACGUAUAGCUGUGUGUAUAUACGUACACGUAUAGGUUGGUUCUUGUGUAAGUAUCGUUGUUGUUGUUGCCUUUGCCAAUGCAACGUGUAG